CCUGGGUGAAAAAGAAAAUAUAACAAAGGGUGAACUGUAAAUGAAAAUCAAGGAAAGCAAUGAAAGUCGUAUGCAAGAGGAAUUAAUACGCUCUUAUGUCUGCAGGGUGCGAUUUUAAUUAAGACUACCGCUCUUUCAGGUGUUUUUUCCCCUUCGUAUAUCAGUUCCUAUUUUGGGCCAUAUAUACUGUAUUGACAAAAUAAUUAAUGACUGAAUAGUCACAAGAUCGUAGAGUAAACACGUCAUACCUGUUUUAGUAUUUCAUGACAUUAUUUUAAAUAAAUCAGUUUAACACAACAAAAUAAAAGCCACAGAACUCUCAGGCUUUCACCUUUUCGACCUGAAGAAGAGAUGAAUUUGUGCAAGGGUCUGUAAAAAGCAUUUCUGCAACUGAUCAGAAAGGCGUUUAAAAGAAGGACAAUAAAAUAUACUAAGAACGCUUUUCAGCCCAGCUUGGUCCAACGAAGAAGUGAAAAAGGAAAUCUGGGGACGACUUUCGAGCGAAAAAUCUCUCUAACAAAGAGAAACUAGAGUUAAACGAUAACAUUUAUUAGUAAAAUGGUUAAUUUUAUGUUCUUUUAAAAUAACACUAACUUUAACAGAUAAGUUUGUCUGUUUACUUUUUUCCUGGACAAUCUAAGGAAAGUUUGAGGAUUAUCACAUGUCCGGCGCUAUUCUGGUUUUAAGAAGCUUAUCUAGAAAAUACAAGACCUUCAAUACGUCUCUGUUUCUUUUCCGUGCAAUACGUGCUUUUGUAAGAUUCCCGCAAAACCACCGCGUGAAGAAGUCCCAAUUUGAGUUCCAUACGAAUCUACCAUUGACGUUUGUAAUUGGCUGAGAUGAUUAAUUUUCAUCAUAAAAAAUGUUUUUGCCGUGAAAAUCCGAUGAAAUAAACUACAAGGCCUUUAUGAGAUAGGUGCCCGAGCUAAGAGCGUUUAUCUAGACGAAAUAUAGAUGGGCGUUCCUAAUGUAAGACCUAGCUUAUUAUCAGGUAAACAUUAAUAAAAACAAUACUAGGCUUAUAAUGAACCUGGCGUUCAUUCAUAGGAUAUUUGAUUCUUAUUACUGGAAACUUUCCAGGGUCUCCACAGUGCUGCAUUCAGAUGCAACUGAAAGAACAAGUCACCUGCAUUCCGUCUAAGACUGCAAGCUACCUAAAGCGUGCGGUUGGAAAUGUGGUUAGCUGUAAAUUGCCUGAAAGCCACAUUAAUCAUACAUGCAAGUCCUGUUCAGAAAAAUAAGGCGAGAAAAUUAAAAUAAUAUGAUAUUUCUGACCAGAACUACUGUUCUAAAAAAUUCGUCAUUCUCAAUAACAUAAUUUGUUUCCUUUCAUUGACGUUUAACAUUUUAAAAUUUUAACUAAGUUGACGGAAAUCGAGUAAUGUAUCAUGGUUUGUGUGCGAUACGGAAAAAUAAUACAUCCACUCUGAAAUAUAUGGUUUAGUGUCUCACUUUUUAUAUGAAUUUAUUUGUUUGUGUAAGAAACUUGCGCAUGAUGUGAAUGUUCCCAUAAACAACAAUAGAGGUGACAGGUGAAGAGAGCUUGUCUUCUGCUACCCUGGUGUUCAAAAUUACCGCACUGAAUUAUUCAUAAGACUCCGCACUCGCGCAUGCUAAUUCACGAGCAAGCAGAGCGAAUGGCGAUGAAUCGCAUAGCUUCCGACGGCUGGAAUAAGAGAAGCACAGCUGAAAUUCUCAUCGCUUAAUUCAUGGGGAGAUAAAUACCAUACAGUCUACCGAUCCAUACUUUUCAGUACAGGAUCCGGGACUCUUGAAGUGUGGUAUUAAACUCUGUCAAUCUGCAAGCAGUUAUCUUGCAUAAAAGUGACCUAUGAAGUCCUGGAGACCACAUGCUGAGCUGCUUUCUGAAGAUGACAAAACAUUUCCACAACUCACCAGAAUUCAUGUGGCCUCUUCUGUAGGAAUGGAAAUGACAGUAAAUGAUGGUGGAUUUCUCAAUGCCGUCAGGGAUGGAAGCUGUACUCAUGUGCUGAAUCUGUUGCAUGGAGGAGGGGUGGAUUUGGAGCAGAGAGAUGAGAAUGGCCAAACUGCGUUGAUUAUUGCUGCUGAAAAAGGGAAUGUUGAAAUUGUCCAUGAAUUGUUAAAGAGGAAUGUUCAAGUCAAUAUACAAGAUGAGGAUGGCUGGACAGCCCUUAUUGCAGCUUGCAAAGAGGGGCAUUACGAGGUUGUUAAAGAGCUCAUGGAGAAUGGAGCAAAAGUUCAGUUACCAGAUUUAGGAGGUUGGUCUCCUUUGGUAUGGGCUUCAUACAAGGGACAUGCAGACAUUGUAAGGGAGCUGUUGGACUAUGGUGCAGAUCCUAACGAAAGAGGACAACAUGGUAUGACAGCCCUUAUAUGGGCAUCAGGACGGGGACACACUGAGGUUGUUGAUCAUUUACUGGAAGCUGGAGCCAAUCCCGACGCUGCUGACAAGUAUGGGACCACCGCUCUUGUAUGGAGCUGCAGAAAAGGACACUUAGGAACUUGUCGAAGUCUUGUAGCAAAAAACGCUAACGUCGAUACCGCCAGUAGUAGAGGUUGGACCCCGUUAAUAAUGGCAGCAAAAGGUGGUUACACAGAGGUAGUGGAUUGUCUCCUGGAAAAGGAACCACACAUAAACGAUACGGAUCAGGAAGGAAAUUCCGCGUUGAGUUGGUCAGCCAAGCAUGGGCAUGAAGAGAUCGUCCAACGACUUUUGGCAAGAGGGGCGUACUUUAAUUUACCAGAUAAAGAAGGCGAAACUGUUUUAAUCUCUGCUGCAAGAGACGGCCAUUUAGAGGUUGUGCGGACAUUGUUAAGCAAAUAUGCAGAUGUGGAGGCUGCAGACACCGAGAGCAAGACAGCUUUGUUUCAUGCAGUUGAGAAAGGCCACGUCUUAAUUGUGAAGGAGCUUCUAGAUGCAGGAGCGAACACAGAAACUCAGAACAAGGACGGUGAAACGCCACUAAUCAGAGCCACACAAAAGAAGCACACUGCAAUCGUAUCUCUUUUGCUUGAAAAAGGAGCCAGCGUCUCCGUAGCAGAUAAGCGAGGAGAUACCCCAGUUCAUAUUGCCGUCAGAGGAAGAUACCGACGCAUUUGCGAACUCCUGUUAAGGAACCCAAAGGACGCUCGGCUUUUAUAUCGUCCCAAUAAAUCCGGAGAAACACCGUAUAAUAUCGACAGACAGCACAAACAUAGUCUGCUGACGCAAAUCUUUGGCACUGGUCUUUUUACUCCGGGUAAGAAAUACAGUGAGGAAGUGAUGGGUUAUGAGGUCUACACCAGUGCUUUAGCGGACGUGUUGUGCGAGCCUUCGCUCACCAUGCCGCUGACUGUUGGAAUGUAUGCGCGGUGGGGGAGCGGCAAAUCUUUUGUUUUACGGAGGUUGCAAGAUGAGAUGCGUGAGUUUGCUCAUCAAGAUCUUCGUCCAAUGUUUCACUUUUCUCGCUUCAUAUUUGUAAUUCUUCUGGUGUUCUGCGUAGUGAUUGGUGUUCUACUCGCGGCAACUACGAGUCUUGCCGCUGGCGUCGCCGUAGGAGUCGGUAUUUUCGUGACAUGUUAUCUUCUGUUUUUGUGCGCGUAUGUGGCAGAUAGACGCUACAACCGCGGAGAACCGUCUUGCGGCAUAGGCGGUUACGUAACCAAGGCGGUGGGUACCGUAAAAUUGUUGAGCCAACUGGUAUUUUGUAUUCCUCCGUGUCCGAGUGCCACGAAACCGAACAUGCCAGUUCGCUUCCUCUUCACAGACUUUAGUAAAUUGACUUGCAGUGGAAGCGAAGCGGCUUCAUUGGUCGGAAUGAUUGAAACGUUAUGUGACGUUGUCGAGAAAGAGUUCGGAUUUUUCGUGACGAGGUUAUAUAGAGUGUUUCGGUCCCAACCUUCCGAUUAUGAUGAAUCGACAUUGACAGAGGCGCGCUGGAAACGCUGCUGUUGUUGUAUACCAACGUUCACGAUAUUUCUUGCGAUUCUAGCGCUUGGUAUGAUCGGCCUUGUGUUUUUCAGAGUGUACGGGACGAAGGGCAGUUCUGUUAUAACAGGCAUAGAAAUCGCAUCUGCUUCGAUUGUGGGCGUGGCGGUUUUGAUUCACCUGCCCACCCUGUGCUCAAUCUUAUACUCCUUGGUUUUCUCGCAGAAGAAGCGAAUUUCUGUGGUAGCCACACAGCUGGGCUUGAAAGAGGAGGGAUUCAUCCACGCGCUGAAACAAGAGGUAGAGCUCUUAACAGAUUUGGUAAAUUGCGUAGAUGGAUUCACCAGGCAUCAGACAAGAGUUGUGAUAGUAAUUGACGGACUUGACAACUCGGAGCAGUCGAAAGUGUUACAACUUCUGGACUCUGUAAACCUGCUUUUCACUGAUCCUGAAGCGCCUUUCAUUAUAUUAAUGGCUUUGGAUCCUCGAGUCAUCAUCCGGGCAAUCGAUCAAAGCUUUAGCAGUAUUCUGCGCGAGUCUCAUAUCAGCGCGUCUGAUUAUUUAAAAAGCAUAGUACAGCUUCCAUUUUACCUUCCUGAACCCAAGUCUAAUUACACCGGAGUGUUGUCGACAGGGGUUGUCACCCUACUAGAUGAAUUGAGAGGUGAGCUUCAGACUGAUAAUCCAGGUGCAGCGGAGCGCUCCAGCAUGGCACGUUCCAGUGUGGCCGUGGACGAUCUAGAGUGGGACGGAGAGAUGUUGGAAUUCAACGAGGGUGACAACUGUCUCCCUCAGGGGCAUAGAGUAUCACGGGAUUUGCAUAACUGUAACGGAGGGGUGCCGAGUCGGAUCCAUCCCGAACUAGAGCUGCAUCACUCCAUGCUCUAUGAGCCAGAGUCUCAUGAGGAAGAGCGCUGUUUGGAUCAUCAGAAGCUUUUGGACCACGAGUUGGAGCUCGAGGAGCGUCGCCGUAUCUCAACUGACCUUGCGCAAGUGCUUGCUGACAACGAGACUGUAAAUCCUCUCGGCGUGAAACGCCUCAUGAAUAUCGUCUCUUUAACGUGUCGUCUGCUUCGUGCGCGCGGUAUUGAUUACUCAUGGAAGCGUCUUGCAGCCUGGGUCAGUGUAGUUGAUGGAUGGCCGUAUCGGACAUCCUGGCUUGUUCUUCUAAUCGAGGACAGCAACACCCGUUUGCAGGAUAAUGUACCGUUGAAGGAUCUUUACGAGGCGACAUUGUCCGCCAUGCCAGUAAUCAAUGAAGUGGAUUGCGCAGUGGACGGAGACCCUGUGUAUUUUGAAACUUUCCUCGCCAGUCAUCAUCCGCUUCUGAGCACGUCUGAUGUGAGGCGUUUCCUGCCGUGCACUGUGCAUUUGGAUCCGUCGUUACGUAGGCAGAUGGUAGAGUGUUUGCAUUCAGGAACCAGCGUAGCGGGCAACAAAUCUGAUACUGGUAGCGUUGGCAAGGGAAAUCCACAUUUGCAGGUCGGCUCCAUAGGAAGAUCUGACAAGCAGACAAGCUUAGCUACUUUAACUAUCGAAGAUGUUUGCAAACAGCUCGCUGAAAUGGAGGGUUUGGAUCAAAAGCAGAUAUCAACUUAUCAGACCGUCGUAACAAAAAAUAACAUCAACGGUAAAGUUCUGGCGUCGUGCGACUUAUCUGAACUUAGCCACAUCAUGGCGAUGACGUUCGGUGAUUGGCAGCUGUUCCGCGCAUGGAUUCUAACAGCUAGAAAUCCAAAUCAAGAAUGUACAACGUGUCACUUGAGUAACAAAUGCGUAAGUCCAGGAGAGAUGAAUUGCCAGCUGCUCAAGACAUCCUCCUCAGGGGCAUGGGAUCACGCCAAUCCGCUGACUGCCCCUGGGAGGAGCAGCGCAGAUUCAACGGAACAAGCUUCACUAGAGUUUCAUUCAUCGAAAGCCCCGGACAUAGUACUACAGCCUCCGUCGGCGCCGGACAGCGAGGAGGAAGACAAUAACGGGGAAACGGUUAACACGGCCGAAACAGAACUUGAAAAAGAUGAAAACGUAACGAGAAUAAAUGAGUUAUCCGAUGGCGAGGAAGAUGAAGGAGCAGGAAGCUCCAGUGCUGGCUUGAAUCAGGUCAAAAUUAAGGAAGACAGUGUUCUUAUUUCGCUAGAGGACGAUAUUAACCUCCCACCCCAGCCUCAUCUUCAAGCAGCGUUUAAGAACGAUGAUGAUAAUGACGACGAGCUCCCUGCUCCUCCCCUUAGCGGUACUGAUUUGAUUACGUUUAGUGAAUCUGAAGACCAACGCGAACGUUCAGACGUUGAGAACGAUAUUUUUCUAGUUCAGCCGGGUGCUUCGAAUGCACAAGGAAAAGCAAUUAAUACCCCACCAGUCAUGGAAUGCACGUGUGAGAAUCUAAAGCUCAUGGAGCCUGUCCAGGAGCGCAAAUUGUCCAAGAAUUCUCUGUUCUUUGACACGGAAGAUAGCGUAGAGGUUGGUCGUCCUGCACCCGUUGUUAUUACACUGAACAGAAACGGACCGGUUAAGGCUGCUGUGGCCGUCAAACGAAGCAAUAGCUCAUCAGGGAGUAGCACAGGUAGUUCCAGUUCAGGUCGAUUACCAAUUUCACAAUCAGUUUCUACUGAUGUCCACCACGAGAAAUCUGCCCCCAGUUUUUCUCCCUCAAUACGACAAAAUUCUCUCCCGGAGCCUAGUCACGUAAUACGACCCCACUCUGCCUCGGAUGUUGUCACUAUCGAACAUCGGCCCAAAUUUUUAAGAAAGAGCCCGCCGGUUGAUUCGGACAGCGAACCUGAGUCGUUCGCGCAGGCGUCGGAUCCGUUGAUUCCCGAACCAACGAAAGAAGAUAAAGACUUACAGCGCUGUAGUCGUGAUUCAAACGACUUUCCACCACCUCCACCGUCCAUCGAAGACAGCUCAAAUUUCGACCAAGGGGACUGCCCUUGGGUGCCACUUAUGAAUCGAUUUCAGGUCGAGGCUGGUGGUUCGUCUGUGUCAGAAAGCGAGCAACCGCUGUUACCGGAUCGUCGUCCCAGGCCUAAAUCGUCAACGGGUGUGAUUGAAAAUAAAGCGCCCAAAUUUCGCACGUAUACUCCGAAACCAAAACCAACUUACGUGGAGACGAAAAGUAACCAACAUCAAAACCUGAAAAGCGAGACUUGUGUGUGAUAUGUGGAGUUUUACGGAAUCUUUCGGACGACAGCUUUGAUUUGACUUAAAUUCAGGAAAUUUACAGAAGGGUGCAAAUGACAGGAGAGCAGUUUGAACAAUAUCAUGGUUGUUAUGGUUUACAGGAAGAACCGACCGUGAUCUGAAAGCGUUGUAUAUAUUCUAGCGUGUAGUGAGAUCAAGUCUAAAAUCCACAGACCUGAAGCUAAAAUUCAUUUU